ACUCCUACAGUCAAACCAGUGCGGAAGCAGCAAUGCAAUGGAACUGGAGGGUGCAAAGCGCAGCUUUUCCUUCCUCUCCGAAGCGGGGCUGAAAAUCAAAACUUUCAUCACAGACAGGCACAAAGGGAUCGACAGAUGGAUCAGGGAAGAACAGAAAGACACUGCACACUACUACGACUUGUGGCAUGUCUGCAAAAGCCUGGUGAAGGACCUGAGGAAGGCGUACAAAGAGAAGAACUGCGAGGUAAUCAAAGACUGGUGCAAAAGCAUCAAGAAGCACUUGUAUUGGUGCGCGCAAUCCACCUCGCAAGGGUUCGGACAGCUGAUCGUCGCCAAGUGGAAAUCUAUCAUGAGGCACAUUGCGAACAAGCAUGAUGGUCACCCCGACGAGUCCUUUCCCACCUGUGCGCAUGGACCACUGGACCAGGAGAGGAAGUGGAUUUUCAGUGGCACAUCUUAGCUGUCCUGCAUUUCAACGAAAACCUAAAGCGAGAUCCCCAGCUCACCAAGGAUGGCAAAACGUACUACAAGGUCACC